AUGGCACAGGCACAGCAGCCAUUGACGUCGGCCACGCAGCCGGCGGAUGUGUACGGAGGAGAUGAGGUGUCUGCGCUGGUGCUGGACCCGGGCUACUGCCACACGCGUGGCGGGUUUGCGGGCGAGGACGUGCCCAAGGCAGUAGUCCCAUCGUUCUACGCGCACUACGCGGCCAAGGGGCCGGUGGGUGGACGCGACCUGUUUGGCGACGAGGUGCUGAUCCCGCGGGCGGAGCUGGAGAUCCGCAACUACAUGAACCGCGACAGCGUGGUAGAGGACUGGGACGCGGCGAUCCAGCUGUGGGAGCACGUGCUGGUGCGGCGGCUGCAGCCGACGCGGCUGUCGUCGCUGACGCGGGCCGCCGGGACAACGAGCAAGAACGUCCACAACAACAGCGGAAGCGGGACAGACGACAUGGACGUGGACCUGGAAGCGGGUGAGGUGCAGGAGAAGCCACUGGCGGAGAACCCGCUGCUGAUGACGGAGGCGCCGUGGAACAGCGGCAAGGCGCGGGAGCGGGCGAUCGAGGUGGCGAUGGAGAGCUGGGGCACGCCGGCGUUCUGGCUGAGCCGCACGCCGGUGCUGGCGGCCUUUGCGGCCGGCAAGGCGUCGGCCCUGGUGGUCGACGUUGGCGGUGCCGGCACGAGCGUCACGGCUGUGCACGACGGCAUGGUGCUGCGGCGGUCGAUACAGCGGUCGCCGGCCGGCGGCCUCUAUCUCUCGGGGCAGAUCCGCGAGAUGUGGAAGACGGGUAUCGAGCCGGCCGUGCCGAUUGUGCCGGGCUUUCUGGUCGAGAGCAAGACGGCCGUCGACGCCGGCGCGCCCGCUCAGGCUCGUCUGCGCAGCUUUCCCUUUGCCAUUCAGCAGUCCUUCCGCGCAUACGAGGAGGGGCGCCUGCUGACCGAGUUCAAGGAAUCCGUCGUCGAGGUCUGGCGAGGUCCCGGUCGCUUUGGCUCGCCCGGCAACGAGGACUUUGCCCGCUCGCAGCCCGGCCGCGUCUUCGAGAUGCCCGACGGGUCCAACCAGAUGUGGCGAGAGCAGCGCUACCGCGUCGCCGAGGGCAUGUGGGACGAGCAGGCCGGCUAUGUCGGGGCCGCUCCCGAAGAGACAGCGGCCGCUGAAGAUGAUUUGUCAGCAUUGUCAGCAUCUGUCUAUGGGCCGCUGACUAAGGCACAGACCAUCCCCGAGCUCGUGCGUGCGGCUGUCGGCAGCGUGGACGCGGACCUGCGGCCGUUGCUGCUCGGCAACGUCGUCGUCACCGGCAGCACCAGCCUGCUGACUGGCUUCAACGAUCGGCUCAACAGCGAGCUGACGGCCAUCUGGCCGGGCGUCAAGAUUAAGAUCCACGCGGCCGGCCUGACCAGCGAGCGGCGCUUCGGCGCUUGGAUCGGCGGCAGCAUUCUCGCCAGUCUCGGCACCUUCCACCAGAUGUGGAUCUCGCGGGCCGAGUAUGAGGAGAACGGUGCGGCCAUUGUGGAGAAGCGGUGCAAGUAG